CUAAACCCUACACAAGAUAUAAAGACUCGAUUGAAGGGUUUUAGCAGUCUCGGCUUACUCUUACCCUCAGUGUGCUGUUUGCCAGUUUUCUGAUGGCGAAGCGUUUGGUUCCACUGUUGAAUCGUGUUCUUGUUGAGAGAAUUGUCCCUCCAUCCAAAACCACUACCGGAAUCUUACUCCCUGAGAAGUCCGCCAAGCUGAACUCUGGAAAAGUCAUUGCCGUGGGUCCUGGGACUCGUGAUAAGGAGGGCAGCUUUAUCCCUGCCACUGUGAAAGAAGGAGACACUGUUCUGUUACCAGAGUAUGGAGGAACUGAAGUGAAGCUUGGUGAUAAAGAGUACCACCUAUAUCGAGAUGAGGACAUAUUGGGAACACUGCACGACUGAUUAUCAAUGGAGUUAAAUUUGUCCAUGAGUUAUCCUGGAGGAUUUGAGUUCCAUAGCAUGUAUUUGAGUCUGCCCUUUGUUGAUGCCCUACCGUCAGUGCUGCUUAUAAAUUAGAUUAGAUGAAAGAAACAUGUAAAACUGUUCUGUUAUUGGGCAAAUAAUUUUAAUGCAACUAAAACGUCUUUGGUUUGUGUUGGAGUAUUACAUAAACUCUUUUGAACACAUUGAAGAAGUUUAAGGGACUGUUUGGGAAUGCUUAUGUAGGAAGCAUUUAUGCUUAUAAA